UUGAAGAUGGCAGUGUGGAUCCAGGCCCAGCAGCUCCAGGGUGAUGCGCUGCACCAGAUGCAGUCCCUUUACGGACAGCACUUCCCCAUCGAGGUGCGCCACUACUUGUCCCAGUGGAUCGAGGGGCAGCUAUGGGACACCAUAGACCUGGAGAACCCCCAGGAGGAGUUCAAGGCCAAGCGUCUGCUGGACAGUCUCAUCCAGGAGCUGCAGAACAAGGCCGAGCACCAGGUGGGCGAGGACGGCUUCCUGCUCAAGAUCAAGCUCGGCCACUACGCCAGCCAGCUCAAGAGCACGUAUGACCGCUGUCCUCUGGAGCUGGUCCGAUGCAUCAAGCACAUCCUCUACACAGAGCAGAGGCUGGUCAGAGAGGCCACCAAUUCGAGCUCGCCAGUGGGCGGGACGAUGGACAGCAUGUCCCAGAAGUACCAGCAGAUCAACCAGGCCUUCGAGGAGCUGCGUCUCCUGAGCCAGGACACGGAGAACGACCUGCGCAAGCUGCAGCACAACCAGGAGUACUUCAUCAUCCAGUACCAGGAGAGCCUCCGCAUACAAGCCCAGCUCACCAGCCUAGCCACACUGCCCCCUGCUGACAGGCAGCUGCGGGAGCCCAGCCUGCUGAGCAAGAGGGCCACUGUUGAGACCUGGCUCACCCGGGAGGCGAACACACUACAGAAAUACAGACUGGACCUAGCAGAGAAACACCAGAAGACGUUGCACCUCCUGAGAAAACAGCAGACCAUCAUCGUAGACGACGAACUGAUCCAGUGGAAGAGACGGCAGCAGCUGGCCGGCAACGGUGGCCCUGCUGAGGGCGGUCUGGACAUCCUCCAGUCCUGGUGUGAGAAGCUAGCAGAGACUAUCUGGCAGAACAGGCAGCAGAUUCGACGGGCUGAGCACCUCAGACAGCAGUUGCCCAUCCCAGGCCCCAUCGAAGACCUCCUGAACGAGCUCAACAGCACCAUCACAGAUAUCAUCUCAGCGUUGGUCACUAGCACCUUCAUCAUUGAGAAGCAGCCUCCACAGGUUCUAAAGACCCAGACCAAGUUUGCCGCGACAGUGCGCCUCCUAGUGGGGGGGAAGCUGAAUGUGCACAUGAACCCUCCACAGGUCAAGGCCACCAUCAUUAGCGAACAGCAAGCCAAGGCCCUUCUCAAGAACGAGAACACUCGCAAUGACAGCAGUGGUGAGAUCCUCAACAACAACUGUGUGAUGGAGUAUCACCAGACCACAGGAACUCUCAGCGCCCACUUCAGGAACAUGUCUUUGAAGCGGAUCAAACGUUCGGACAGGCGAGGGGCGGAGUCGGUGACGGAGGAGAAGUUCACCAUUCUGUUUGAAUCCCAGUUCAGCGUUGGGGGAAAUGAGCUGGUUUUUCAGGUUAAGACAUUAUCACUUCCUGUGGUGGUCAUAGUCCAUGGUAGUCAAGACAACAACGCCACAGCGACCGUGCUUUGGGAUAACGCUUUUGCCGAGCCGGGUCGGGUGCCCUUCUUAGUGCCUGAUAAAGUGAUGUGGCCCCAGCUAUGUGAGGCCCUCAACAUGAAAUACAAGGCUGAGGUGCAGAGCACUCGAGGGCUCUCUGAGGAAAACCUGGUCUUCCUGGCCCAGAAGGCCUUCAGCAGCUCCAGCAUCAACCCUGAAGAUUACCGCAACAUGACCAUGUCCUGGUCCCAGUUUAACAGGGAGAGCUUGCCUAGCAGGAACUUCACAUUCUGGCAGUGGUUUGACGGGGUCAUGGAGUUAACUAAAAAACAUCUCAAGCCCCACUGGAAUGAUGGGGCCAUUCUGGGCUUUGUGAACAAGCAGCAGGCCCAGGAUAUGCUGAUGUCCAAACCCAAUGGCACCUUCCUGCUGCGCUUCAGUGACUCUGAGAUAGGAGGAAUCACCAUAGCUUGGGUGGCUGAAAACCCUAACAAAGCAGGGGAGAGGAUGGUGUGGAAUCUCAUGCCCUACACAACCAAAGACUUCUCCAUUCGUUCUCUGGCUGACCGCAUCAGUGACCUCAACCACCUGCUGUUCCUCUACCCCGACAAAGCCAAGGACGACGUCUUCUCCAAAUACUACACCCCGCCUCUCUCAAAAGCAGUUGACGGAUACGUCAAACCUCAGAUCAAACAAGUGGUACCAGAGUUCACCACAGCCAAUCCCGACCCAGCUGGAAACCCCACCUACAUGGAUCACGGGGCCUCUCCCGUUCCUGCUAGUCACCCUCAACACUAUGGAAUUUACCCACCUAUGAGUGACUCCAUGCUGGAUGCGGAGGGGGAUUUUGAUCUUGAUGACACCAUGGAUGUGGCGAGGCACGUGGAGGAGUUGCUUAGAAGGCCAAUGGAGAGCCAAUGGAGUGGCCAACAGUCCUGUAACAUCCGCGUGAUGGCAGGGGUACACGCAUCUGAAGCUGUGUCGGGACAUUUUUUAGAUCCUACCAUUACCGCCUUGCCGGCACAGGGCGCGACAAAUAUAACGGGUCUGAACAAUGAAGCCGCCGUGCUGCCUCCAACUGGCACCCGGGCGUACCUGGACGUUUCAGCGGCUGCUUUGGCUGCUUCGCACCCAUUGUAUGGGGCCGAAGGAGUUUACACCAACGGAAGGUACAGAGAGCACAGUAGUCCAAGAAUCGGCAGUGGCAGCCGCGAUAAUUCAGCCGAGCGGAGUCACGGUGGAAGCACACCUUGUGGCAUUAUGAAGGAUGUCUCCAAGCAGAGGCAGGUGAGGAAGAAGACAGUGUCCUUUAGCUCCAUGCCCAACGACCGGAAGAUCAGCAGCACGGCCGCCUGCAUGGCCUUCAUGAUGGAGGGCUGCGAGAUGAAGAAGGUGCGCUCCAACUCCCGCAUGUACAACCGCUACUUCCUGCUGGACCCGGACAUGCACUGGCUUCGCUGGGAGCCUUCCAAGAAGGACUCGGAGAAGGCCAAGCUGGAGAUCAAAAGCAUCAAGGAGGUUCGCCUGGGGAAGAAGACCCCCGUCCUGCGCAGCAACGGCUUGUCCGACCAGUUCCCCGAGGAGUGCGCCUUCUCCAUCAUCUAUGGGGACAACUACGAGUCUCUGGACCUUGUAGGCAGCACAGCAGACGUGGUCAGUACCUGGGUGAUGGGCCUGAGGUACCUGGUCUCCUAUGGAAGACACACAGUGGACAUGGUGGAGCCCAGCCAGCCCAGCCUGCGUACCUCCUGGAUCGGCUCCGUGUUUGAGCUGGCCGACAUGGACAAGGAAGGCCACAUAGACCUCUUCAGGGCCACGCAGAUCAUCAAAGGGCUCAACCCGGGGAUGAAGGAAUCCAGGAUCGAGCUCAAAUUCAAGGAGCUGCAGAAGGCCAAAGACCAAUACGGGGAGGACAUCAACGUGGACACCUUCGUGGAGGCUUACUGCGAGCUGUGCACCCGGCCCGAGAUCUUCUUCCUGCUGGUGCAGUUCUCCAGCAACAAGGAGUACCUGGACAGUAAGGACCUGAUGCUGUUCGUGGAGGUGGAGCAGGGCGUGGAGGCGGGGACGGAGGACAUGUGCAGGGACAUCGUCCUGAAGUACGAGCCCUCCGCCGAGGGCAGGGAGCGGGGCUACCUCUCCAUCGACGGCUUCACCCACUACCUCCUCUCCUCCGAGUGCCACAUCUUCGACCCCCAGCACAAGCGGGUGUGCCAGGACAUGAACCAGCCCCUUUCGCACUACUACAUCAACUCGUCGCACAACGCCUCCCUGCUGGAGGACCACUUCUGGGGCUCGUCUGACAUCAGCAGCUACAUCCGAGCGCUGAGAAUGGGCUGCCGCAGUCUGGAGGUCAUCGUGUGGGACGGGCCAGAUGCCGAGCCCGUUGUGUAUGUGGGCAGCUCUGUGGCCUCUCAGCUAGCCCUCUCCAAGGUCCUGGACAUUAUUAACCAGUAUGCCUUUGACAGCUCCGAGUACCCUCUGAUCCUCUGCCUGGUGAUUCACUGCUGCAUCCCACAGCAGAGAGUCAUGGCCCAGCACAUGAAAAAGAUCCUGGGUGACAAGCUCUACACGGAGCCGCCCAAUGCAGAGGAGCACUACCUGCCUUCCCCAGAGAACCUCAAGGGCAAAAUCCUCGUGAAGGGCAAGCGUCUCCCCUCCAACUGCCCUGACUCUGAGGGAGAGGUGACCGACGAGGAGGAGGGCCUGGAGAUGUCCAGGAGGGUGGGGGAUGAGAAGGACCAGUAUAAUGGACUAGGCAACAAGAGGCUGAGGCUGUGUAAGGAGCUGUCCGACCUGGUCUCCCUCUGUACGUCAGUGCAGUUCAGGGAUUUCGAAAUCUCAAAGAGGGACCAGAAAUACUGGGAGAUGUGCUCCUUCAACGAGGUGGACGCCAACAGGUUUGCCAAUGAGUUCCCCGAGGAUUUUGUGUGUUACAACAAGCGUUUUCUCUCAAGAGUUUAUCCCACACCCAUGCGUAUCGACGCCAGUAAUAUGAACCCGCAGGACUUCUGGAAAUGUGGAUGCCAGAUAGUGGCCAUGAAUUACCAGACCCCAGGCUUGAUGAUGGACCUCAACCUGGGCUGGUUCAGACAGAAUGGAAACUGUGGCUAUGUGCUCCGCCCAUCCAUCAUGAGAGAGGAGGUGUCCUACUUUAGUGCCAACGCCAGGGACUCCCUACCCGGGGUGUCGGCCCAGCUCCUCCACAUUAAAGUGAUCAGUGGACAGAACCUGCCAAAGCCCAGGGGUUCUGCUGCCAAGGGGGAUGUGGUGGAGCCCUACAUCUACGUGGAGAUCCACGGGAUCCCGGCCGACUGCGCCGAGCAGAGGACCAAGACCGUGUCUCAGAACGGGGACAACCCCGUCUUCGACGAGAGCUUCGAGUUCCAGAUCAACCUGCCCGAGUUGGCCGCCCUCCGCUUCGUAGUGCUCGACGACGACUAUAUAGGCGAUGAGUUCAUCGGGCAGUACACCAUCCCCUUCGAGUGUCUUCAGCCCGGCUACAGGCACGUUCCCCUGCAGUCUCUGACCGGAGAGUUCCUCCCCAACACCACCCUGUUUGUCCACGUGGCCAUCACCAACCGGCGUGGCGGGGGCAAGGCUCACAAACGGGGCCUGUCGGUGAGGAAGAGCAGAAAGACCAGGGAGUACACCUCCAGCAAGACCACCGGGAUCAAGGUGGUGGACGAGCUGUUCCGAGCCUCCACACAGCCCCUGAGAGAGGCCACUGACCUCCGCGAGAACGUGCAGAAUGCCAUGGUGUCCUUUAAGGAGCUGUGUGGGCUGACUCCUGCGGCCAACAUGAAGCAGUGCAUCCUCACGGUAUCCACCUGGCUGAUGAACAGUGAGCGAGGCCUGAAGGUCACUGUGGACCUGAGUGAGACCUACCCCACCAUGGAGGCCCAGGGGCUGGUCCCAGAGCUGCUCCGCAAGGUCCUCAAUGCCUACGACAUGAUGAUCCAGACGAGCAGGACACUGAUCGAGUCAGCAGACGGUGUCUACUCCAAGCUCACACAAGCCCAGCGGGCAGGGCUGGACUUUCACGAAGACCUGCACCGCAUUGGGGCCAAGGAAGGACUGAAGGGGAGGAAGCUGCAGAAGGCCAUGGAGAGUUACGCCUGGAACAUCACGGUGCUCAAGGGUCAGGCAGACCUGCUGAAGCAUGCUAAGAGCGAGGCAUUGGACACGCUGCGUCAGAUCCACUGUGCAGCCCAGUCUUGUGGUCUGAGUAAGAACGGAGCCGCCUCUCCCCAGCUCCAGCACCACACCCCCCGCAGGCCCCGCAGCACCCCCCCCCGCAGGCCCCGCAGCACCACCCCCCGCAGGCCCCGCAGCACCACCCCCCCGCAGGCCCCGCAGCACCACCCCCCCGCAGGCCCCGCAGCACCACCCCCCGCAGGCCCCGCAGCACCACCCCCCGCAGGCCCCACAGCACCACCCCCUGCAGGCCCCACAGCACCACCCUCCGCAGGCCCCGCAGCACCACCCCCCUGCAGGCCCCGCAGCACCACCCCCUGCAGGCCCCGCAGCACCACCCCCUGCAGGCCCCGCAGCACCACCCCCUGCAGGCCCCGCAGCACCACCCCCUGCAGGCCCCACAGGCCCCGGCACGGCCUCACCAGCCUCAGCCUCAGUUUCACACUCAUCCCCAAGCCCACACACAGUCCCAGACCCAUAUCCAAGCCAAAGCCCAGCCCCAUAUCCAGGCCGAUUCCCAGGUCCAGACCCAAACCUUGGCCCAACAGCACCGGGCAGCAGGUCCCCUGGAUGCCAUCCCUGAGUAUGAGAUGGGGAGUGACUUUGGAUCCUGCUGACCCAUUGCCUGUACCCACAGAGUAGUGCACACCCAGAGGGACAGGGAGAGUGGGCUGAAAAGAAUGAUGGAGGGAGAGAAACGGAUGGAAACAGGGAUUAGACCAGAGGAAGAGAAGGAGAAAGAGAGAAACCAGCCUGGGGAACAGGAGAGAGAGAGGGGAAUAGACAGGGAGACAGCGACAGAGAGAGAUAAGGGAAUAGAGGCAAAGGUGGGAGACAACAAUGGAAGUGGAACUGGGACUUGUCGUGUGAGAAGGGAGACACAGGUUUGAGACACAGAGCGUCUGAGGUCUACUGCAGAGACAUCCUGUCGAAAGGCUUUUGUCUCAGUUCCAUUCCGGACGUAGAGGAAUCUCUUCCUGUUUCCAAGAUGGGGCCGCUUCUCUUGCCCUCCCUUAAGGAUGCAACCCCCCAUGUUAGGAAAUCCGUUUUUGAAGUCGGUCAGUUUGUCAAUAUUUCAAGUGGUUGAGUCAGUCCGUCAGUAAGUGUGGUCUCCCUGUGUCUCCCUAGUCAGUGCCAGCCACAUGUCCCUCCACCAUAAACACACUCUGGCUCUGUGGGUUACAGGCCUCGCAUUGGCAUUUCAUACCGCGCAAGUUCGCCUUCAGAUUCACCAGGAACCUUGGUUAUCUUCUGGGUCCUCCCCCCCCCCCCUUCAUCUUUUGUCCCUUAACGUCCUUCCCCUGUCCUCCCUAACCCCCCUCUCUGAGGGGCCAGAAGUUUUAAGGGCAUAACCUAGGUCUGCUCCUCGAGACUCCGAGCCCUGAAGCGAUCGUUUAGGACCAUUACAGCACAAACCCAGCGGCCGUGUGGGAAGUCCCCCAGACUCGCCACGCUCUCCAGGGACUCCACACUGAUGCGCUUGCUCCCCCUGCUGGAGAAAAACCAUCACCAGGUUUUUACACCUUCGAGCCGAGUCUUUUCAUUCUUUUGAUUUGUUUUUAACCAUCUCUCGGAAUAAAUCUGAACUCUGGCCGUAGGGUCUCCCUCGCUUCCUCCCCGAGGGGCUCUGUGUGUGAAGUCACGUUAGUCGGUGUUGUCGUCCCGUUGGUGGAGCCAGUCUCCUGAGACAGAGCCCCCUCAGCCUGUUAGAACUGGAACAGUGACCCCUCUCCCCUCAGGGUCUUCAGGUCAGAGGUCAGCAGAGACAUGGUACAGCUGUCGUCAUAGCAGCUACCCAAGAAUAGGAAACUAUACUGUAGAUUGAUACUGUAUGAAAGAUUCCUGAAGGGACAGCUAAUGUUUAUCGCUAUUACAGAUUCUCCCUGAAUCAAACAACCUAUUCAUUCACGAUUGAUAUAUGAUAAUUAUUGUUGUUGUAAGCUAUAUUGAUAUUAUAGUUAUUUUAUAAACAUUGCUUCUAUGUAAACAGUGAGUGGACACUUAUUGUGCUGUGGUUCAGAUACAGGUCUGGGGGGGAGGUUGGGUUGGGACAGGUUAACAUUACAACGUGAUGGUCGAACCACAACAUGACUGAUGGUGCACUGCAAAAUGAAUGUGCAUUCUGUAAGAGCUCCUUUGAAUGACCCAUUAAAACUAUUGUCAUUGUUUA